AUGCUAGCAGACUAUGAGAAAGUCCAUGGGUUCCAUGGGUACAUGGGUCAAAUUCUGGCUACCCAUACCCAUACCCAUGACCCAAAUGGGUUACUCACACCCAUGCAAUGCACUAUCUGGCCACCAGUCAGGGAAGCUGUUCAAUCCCAGAUCAAUUUCCUCUCGACUUGGAUGCUAGACAUCAUUGCCCAAGACAUCACCAGCACACUGCAGCCCAGCACUGAGCUGUAUGGUAGCAGCAUCCUCCACCCAGACAAGAUCUACAAGUGUGAGGGGAGCUGUGGUCACCUCCAUGUCAUUAGAGGCUGUGAUGAGGAUGCUCUUGACAUCAUCAACCAUGACUUGGACAAGAUCAGGGAAUACAGAUGGCUUGCCCAGGAAUGGGUGCCUACCCUCCAAGAUGGAGGUCAGCUCAGGGUAAUCCAACUGUGUGAUGGUGGUGACAACUAUGUGAAUGAGGACUGCUUUGCCCAUGAUGGAGGCACACAUGCCCAGUGGACCACUGCAGCACUGCAAGAUUUUGUCCUGAUGACUCUCCAGCAUGUCAUAGACAGCAAGACACUCCUGCUUAGGAUGGUUGAAGAGAGCUCGUUGGAGCAGUACACCCAUGUUGACAUCAGAGUCAUGCCUGGUGCAGAUGGCAAGCUGGCUUGGUUUGUCAACAAGAUAAAAUGGGGUGUCAGUGCAACUGUGUUUCUCAAUGCUGAUCCUGAUCUCACCUGCCCGAUGAUCAAUGAGGCAGUAGACUCAAUACUCACACUUGCUGGGGAGUGGGCCAUGCAUGGCAAUACAAUCCCAGUUGUAUUGUCUAUGUCUUUUGUCUUCUGGCUCAUGAAAUAA